AUGCACGAGUCGAUGAUGGCGGUGAAUGGCCACAAUUUAGAAAAUAACACAUGUUCAAAUAUUGAAGAAGAUGAAGAAUUAGUCUUGAACAAAGUGCGUAAAAAACUUUAUGCGGGAUGUCAAGAUUGUCCUCUAAAUGGUUCUGUUGAAUUAAUACCGCAGUUUGAGGAUUUUGGACCGAGGCUCAUAAGAAUUCGCAUGAAUGAUCAAAUUCGUGAACUUCAGACCGUUCUACGUGACCCGUGAGUAACUUAAUCUAGACUGGGUCACAUUAUGAUCUUUUUUAUCACUGAUUUGCUAAUAAGUGUGCUUGUGUAUCAUUUAAUUCAUAUUUAUUUGAUAUCAUGAUAAUCUAGUUAUAUAAAAACAUGUCCUAUAUGAUGGCAUUUGGCAACAUUCCAUAAAUUAAGUAAAAUAAAUAAAGUAAUAAAGUAGGGUGCAAAUACAGCUUAUAGGCUGUUUCCAUUCCAACCAUAUUGUAGCAUAGUAUUUUCUUUUGUGUCAAUGUUGUUCGAUGGCAGUGCUCAACGAACAAAAGAAUAUGCUAUGCUUCAACAUGAUAAGCUUGAAGUGGAAAACGUUAACAAGGUACAUUGUCAGAUUCUACCAAUGUGUUCUGUUAACCCAUUAAUCUGCAAUGUACCCUACUUUAUUAUUUUACUCUGUCUAACACCAAACGAUAUUACUUACAUCAAGGAGAGAGUCUUGCACAUUAAUGGAUUAACUUUAUUUGUUUUUUAUAGAAAAACUGGCAGAGGUGAUUUUGUGUUUUAUGCUGAUCGACUGGUAAUUACUGAGCUUUAUUUAAUCAAACUGAAAAACUGCUUUCUUACACAGAAAUGAUAAUUCUUGGUGCUGUAAAUAUUUCAUGUAGAUUCGAUUGGUAGUUGAAGAAGGUCUAAAUCAACUCCCAUAUGAAGAAAUUACAGUAACAACUCCAACAGGUUAAAUGAAAACGUUGAUCUUGAAAUCCACUUGUUUGUGUCUACAAGAUGGCAUGUGAAUUGCAUGAGAUACUAAAUUGUAAUAUAUAACACUAUUUGAACAGGAGGGACAUAUCAUGGCCUAAAAUUUAAGAAAGGAAACUGUGGAGUCAGCAUCAUGAGAAGUGGUAUUAUGAUGGUUUACUGUUUAUAUAUACAGCUAAUUCAAAAAAGAUUGUCCUUUGCAAACCGUAAACUCUAAAUCUUAAACUCUAAGCGCACAAAGCAUAAUGGGAGUAACAUUUAAUCAGUUUAGAAAUCAUAUAUGGGGCCCAUUUCUUAGAGACAUGGUAAAUAUCUCCUUACAGAACAAUUCAUUCACAAAUAGUUGCAAUAUUCAACUACUAAGCUUGAAACUUAUGCUCCCAUUAAGCUUUGAGCGCUUAGAGUUUAAGGUUUAGAGUUUAAGGUUUGCAAAACAACCUUUUUUGAAUUGGCUGUAUAUACAAGUUAUCUGUAUUUGCAAAGCCAGGGUUGUAUUGGUAGCAUCUAUAGGUGCUCCUUAUCACAGGCUGAUACUUUACGACUUGCUGUAUGUUAAUCCCUGACCAAAUGAGGAUGAGAGUGCAUGAGAGUUGACAGUCACACGACCUUGGUUAGCUGUUCUUAAUGCUUUCCCAACACUAUCAUGUAUUUUAUUUAAGUUGAAACAUAGUUGGAACACUCAUUGACCUUAAUCUAGAGCUUGAAAUAUGUCCUCUGUAACAAUGUGUAAUUGCCAACUCUCAUUUGAAUGACCUUGUAGGAGAAGCGAUGGAGAAAGGUCUACGAGACUGCUGUCGUUCUAUUCGUAUUGGAAAGAUUUUAAUCCAAUCUGAGACAGCUUUAUCAAAACCACAGGUGAGGCAUGUUUCUGGUUUAAAAACCUCCAAAUGCAUGCUUUUCAUGGAAAACACAACCCAAAGAGCCAACUCGAAACCUAGCUGCCAAUAGAUAUCAGUCUUGAUGUAUUUGUUUCUUACAUAGGUAUACUAUGCCAAAUUCCCAUUUGAUGUUGAAAAAAGACAAAUUUUACUCAUGUAUCCACUUUUAAGUAAGUAAAGUGCAGUUCUUGAUUGCAACUUAUUGCUUGUAUACAAAGAAGUUGAAAUUGAUGUCUCUAAAUCUCGUGCUCUGAUAAUAAUAUGUCUAUUGUAAUUUUGUUCCAAGAUACGGGUGCAACUAUUAUUGAAGCUGUCAAAGUCCUUGAGGAACACGGUGUGCAAGAAGAAAAUAUUAUAUUUCUUAAUCUUUUUGCCACGCCUCACGGUAAGUAGUUGUUAAAGGUAAUAACAUAUGAAUUAUGUAGAUAAUCCAUUGGAUGAUUGAGCCAUUUAUUUCCAGCAUUUAUCAGACAAACUAUCCUUCCUUGCAGGUGUAAGGAAUAUUUUAAAUCAAUUUAAACAGUUGAGAAUUUUAACCUCUGAAGUCAGUCAGGAUAUAAUCUUGAACUUUGGACGGAAAUAUUUUGGAACAGAGUGA